GAGGGCGGGGCCUCUCCUGGGGAGGGUUUCUCCUAAAAUGACGCUUUUUCCGUAAUCGCUCCUUUUCCCAGGCCCUGGCGCGAGGAUGAGCCCGCCCCGCGCCCCUGACGUUCUACGGCAGCCGCCGGAAGUGAAGGGUGGAGGGCGUCGCGACGUGAGAGCGUCACUUCCUGUCGGCGGCGGGGAGCGCCAUGCCCAAGUGAGCGGGCGGCGGGAGGCCGGGCCCGGCCCGGGGCCAGGGCUGCCCGGACCCGCGGGUCCCCGGGCGCGGUUCGGCGGCCUCGGCGGGCGGUUGGCGUUUUAUUGCGAUUACUGCGACACGUACCUCACCCAUGACUCGCCCUCCGUGAGGAAAACCCACUGCAGCGGCCGAAAGCACAAAGAGAACGUGAAAGACUACUAUCAAAAAUGGAUGGAGGAACAAGCCCAGAGCCUGAUUGACAAAACAAUAGCGGCUGCAUUCCAGCAAGGGAAAAUCCCACCUACACCCUUCUCGGCACCGCCUCCCGCAGGAGCCAUGAUCCCUCCUCCUCCCAGCAUCCCUGGCCCCCCACGGCCUGGCAUGAUGCCGGCCCCUCAUAUGGGUGGCCCCCCAAUGAUGCCAAUGAUGGGCCCACCCCCGCCAGGGAUGAUGCCGGUUGGACCUGCUCCAGGGAUGAGGCCACCCAUGGGAGGACACAUGCCCAUGAUGCCAGGGCCCCCGAUGAUGAGACCGCCCUCCAGACCCAUGAUGGUGCCAACCAGGCCAGGAAUGACCCGUCCAGACAGAUAAAGGUGGAAAUGGAGCUGCCUUUUCUUUUUCAUAUUACGAUCUUCCAUCUGAUAAAUUACCAUAGACCUAUAUCCCUAGGAUUUUGUAUUAAAACAGUGUGUAGAGUAGAUCUGCUGUCACUUCAGAUCGCAGACAGUUUGACCUGGACACACACUGGACUGAUCCUUUUGUACCUGGUCUGGUUUUUUUUUUUCUUGCAUUUUGUUUGUUUUGUGCCCCCCCCAUUGAAUCUUAAACCACAACAAUAAAACAUUGAUGCUGGUUUACAGCCGGAGAAUCUGA